CAGCAGCGGCAGCAUCAACAUGGCAGCUUUCUGAGUGUUUAGAGGAGGUAGAGGUGUCAAUAAAAACAUUAAUUCACUCUUUAGAGGCAACGACAUCGCUCGGUUACUCGCGUUGGGCAGAGGUCGGCCUACAGCGGGACAAUGUCGAGCGACGGGAAUAAUAAAAAGCAGUUCUGGAAACGGAGUACGAGCAAGGUUCCCGGCAGCAUCCAGCAUGUGUACGGUGCUCAGCACCCCCCCUUCGACCCCCUGCUGCACGCCAAUCUGAUCAAGGCGGGGCCCAAGCCGGCCCCCGUGACCCCGGGCGGUAAGCCCAAGAAGGCCACCACCUUCCAGGAGUUCGAGAGCAUCACCAGCGACGCCUGGGAGGUGGGCGACGACGACGACGACGAGCUGCUCGCCAUGGCCGCGCACAACCUCAACAUCGAGGUCGUCAUGGAGACCGCCAACAAGGUGAUCGAGAACCAUAGCAAGCAGCAGGAGAGGCAGCGGCGGGACGACGAGACGGAACGCCAGGAGGAGGACGAGCAGGAGGAGCAGCAGCAGGAGAAGGAGGAGGAAGAGGAGGCCACCGCCGAGGAGGAAGAGGAGGAGCAGCAGGAGGAGGGAGGGUCGUGUCGAGGGGAGGGGACGGAGGAAGAGACCGCCAGCACUGAGACGUCGUUGGGUCCCCACGGCGACAGCCGGCUCGUCAAGUCCCACAGCGAGGCUCCCAUUGGCUCUCCCAGAGACGAGGCGGCGGAGCGAGGGCCGCUCCACCGCCAGCGCUCCCUGCCCCCCCGGCCCCCCCUCAUCCCCAUGGUGGCGCGCAUCGCCGACCAGAACACCAGCGGCUCCCCCGUCAUGACGGAGCGGGAGGCCUCGCGCCUCGACAAGUUCCGCCAGCUCCUCGCCGGGCCCCACACCGACCUGGAAGAACUCCGGAAACUCAGCUGGUCUGGCAUCCCGCGACAGGUUCGACCAAUCACAUGGAAGCUGCUCUCGGGUUACCUCCCUGCCAAUGCAGACAGGAGAGAGUGCGUUCUCCAGAGAAAGAGACAAGAAUACUUCGGCUUCAUCCAGCAGUACUACGACUCCAGGAACGACGAGCACCACCAAGACACCUACAGACAGAUCCGUAUAGACAUUCCUAGGAUGAACCCAGAGCGAUUGGUUAUGCAGCCCCAGGUGACCGAGAUUCACAUUGACAUACCGAGAACUAAUCCUCUUAUUCCUCUCUUUCAACAAGCUUCUGUCCAAGAGAUCUUCGAGCGUAUCCUCUUCAUCUGGGCCAUCCGCCACCCGGCCAGCGGCUACGUCCAGGGCAUCAACGACCUCGUCACGCCCUUCUUCGUGGUCUACGUCUUCGAGUACAUCGAGGAGGAGGUGGAGAACUUUGACGUGUCCAGUCUGCGGGAGGAGUCACUGCGGAACAUCGAAGCUGACAGCUUCUGGUGCAUGAGCAGACUGCUGGACGGAAUACAGGAUAACUACACGUUCGCCCAGCCCGGGAUUCAGAGGAAAGUCAAAGCCCUGGAAGAGCUGGUCAGCCGGAUCGAUGACUCCGUGCACCUCCACAUGCAGCAAUACGAAGUUGAGUAUCUGCAGUUUGCGUUUCGUUGGAUGAACAACCUGCUGAUGAGAGAGCUGCCGCUACGAUGUACCAUCAGACUGUGGGACACCUACCAGGCUGAACCUGAGGGCUUCUCUCAGUUCCAUCUCUACGUCUGCGCCUCCUUCCUGGUCCUUUGGAGGAAGGAGAUCCUGGAGGAGAGGGACUUCCAGGGGCUGAUGAUCCUGCUGCAGAACCUGCCCACAAUGCACUGGGGCAACGAGGAAGUGAGCGUGCUGCUGGCCGAGGCCUACAGGCUGAAGUUCGCCUUCGCAGACGCACCCAACCACUACAAGAGAUGAUGAGCGGAGGAGAUCUGCUGCUCUCUCCUCCUCUCCACUGGUCUACUGGACUCUCCUCCUCUACUGGUCUCUCUUCUUUACUCCACUCUCCUCUCCUCCCCCCUCCACCCUCUAUUUUCUCCUCUCCUCUCCUCCUCCUACUCCCUCCUUCUCCCUCCUC